ACGUUGUGCUGCAUCCACUCCAGGCCAGGUCCUUUGUGACGAUGGGGAGGGCUAAAAGGGUCAUAACAGCUCUUUGGUUAGCUUCAUGUAUUUUUUCAAGUCCCGCCAUAUUUAGCAAGAAAGUAACCGCCCACUACUGGGAGGAAGAGCUCGAACCUUAUUCGUAUACGUGUAACAACGCCUGGCCUAGCGAGGCCAUGUCCAUCAUAUACUCGGUAUACCUGUUCCUUCUUCUGUUCUUCGUUCCUCUGUUGAUUGUCUCCUACGCCUACAUGAGGAUAGCGUGCCAUCUAAACAGUACAAGGGAGCGUUCAUCAGGGGAGUCUAAUGGUUCACCGUUUAACAGACCGGUCCUGUCGAGAUACCGGGUAUGGUACCGGAAUACAUCAGGGUGGUCCAGUGGUUCGUCGUUCGUCCGCAGAGCCGAAGCCGCUAGUCAGGCCAACGGGGUUACCAUUGAUGAUGAUACAACCGAAGCGGACGCCUUGCGUUCGGAGCCAAGCAGGGUGGAAAACCUGAAUGAUUCGCCAGCUCCCAGAAGGCAUCGUGGGACCAGUGAGGGUGACAAGAUACAGAGGGUCAUAACAAUGUUGGCCAUAGUGGUGGCGCUCUUCAUCCUGAGUUGGGGUCCGCUCCUGACGUACACCUUGAUCUAUCGUUUCAUCGACGACAUGCCCUACAACACCCACGCCGUUCUGAGUCUCUUCCUCCAUCUUCUAGCCGCCUGCAACAGCUGUGUCAACCCCAUCAUCUAUGCGUUCCUCUCCAAGAACUUUCGGCAGAGUUUCAAACAGCAUUUUCCCGCGUCUUCCUUGAUGAGAAUUACAGGACUCGAGAAGCUAUAUCGGGGGAUGUAUCCAUGUCAAGGCCUCGCACGACAAGUUUACAGCUUCAAGUGUUCGACUGACAUCUGUUCCCUGAUUCGAAAAGGAAUGCUGACUGUAAACGGGAUUUAGAGUUGGGUUGGGGUUUUUCCAUCUUGAGAAUUUAGAACAAAAUUUGUUCUCUUUAUUAAAAGGAAAAUACAACCUUGAAAGACCUUUAUUCUACAGGAAAGCAGAAACUGAUCAAAAAGAAACCUGGUGAAAGUUCGAAAGAAAUCGGGCAGGAAAUGAGAAAGUUAUGGAUUUUUUAAAAGUUCUAAUCACAUACGUAUGCAAGUUUUUUUUAAUAUUUGUUUUUACAUUGAUGUGAGUUUUUUUUUCUUUCUCUAUGUCAGGGUAUUUGAAUAAGCAUUCCAAGUUUAUGUUGUACAUUUUGUUUGGGGGAGAGGUUAAGAAUUGAUCCUCAUUUUUUAAACGAUGUGUACAAAAUCAUAUACAGAAAAUCAAUGGAAAAUCAAAAAUGGUUGCGUUGAAAAGAGCCGAAAGGUAGAUGCUUCAAAUUUUGUGAGGAAUUCUAGCGGUUGAACAAAAGAAUUUUCCAACGAUAAAUCUUUUCAUAAAACAGUAAAUGUAAAUAAUACAAUAACAGAAAUAGUAAUUGUGUUUGAGAAAGAUGAUGACAUCAUCUAGGAUGUUUUCAUACUAUUGAUAUAUACUGUACUGGUUCUGCUGCUGCUGUUACUACAACCGUUAUUACUACUACUAAUGAUAAUAAUACUACUACUGC